AUGCGGAUCAUCAUGGCGAAGCUUGCGUGGACCGUCCUGGUGGGGAUCGUGGUGGCCUUCCCUGUGAUGCUCGGGGGGGUCCUUUGGGAGGAGCGCAUUCCGAUGAGGAUGGCGGUGAAGAUGGUAGCGCCGCACCCUCUCCCGAUGGCGCUCAUACUGUCCUCGGAUCGUGGUGCGGGUCGUACGGAGCCGUGGCGUGGUGUUGGAGGAGUGGCGCUCAUGCCGGUUUUUGACUGUAAUCGUGGGGAUCUUCCUCCCCCACGUGGCGCUGCUCCGUGGCAUGGGGGCGGGUGGUCCCUGGCCUUCGGCUGCGCAUGCCGAUCCGGCAUGGUGGCGCCGACCGGCGUGCCGCCGCCGCCGUUCCUUCCUGAAGCCGCCGAUCGCGGAGAGCCGACGGCGCACGUGGGGUCGCUGGUGGCCGCGCUGCUGCCGGCCUUCGAGGCGCUGCCGGUCUUCCCCUGGCCCUGCGCAGGCGUGCGGCAUCCCGGCUGCCGGACGUGCGCGAGCUGA